GAUGAAGACGCACCACUACCAGUAUCUCUUAGCGCAGCGCGCAGUCUCCAGCAGCCCAUUCAGCCUCAGCAUGAGUCCGCUCAUCACAGCCAGCAUUACCUUGGCAGCUCUCCUCAUCUUCACCGUUCCAUCAUGCACAGGACUUCCUGCUGAACUACAGUCCACAGUAUCCAAGCGAGAUCUUCUCAGUCAGAUAGAGGCAGUGUGUUCAUCAUACCACUUGGCAGACAGGAAGUUUUUGGCGUCAGAUUUUUUUGGGGAACUGUGCGUGAUGAUGCUGGUUCAGGGGUCAAAGGAGUUUUUAGGAAGAGAAAAGAGCAAAAGGGCUGAACCUCAGCGUCCUGCAGGAAUCCAGAGCAGAGGACACUUCCUUUAUCGACCACGGAAUGGAAGAAGAUCCACAGUGUAUGAUUACUGA